AUCCUGAAUUUGUGCCAUAACCAUGACCUAUUGGUGCAUAGUAUAUUUUAUUUAUUAUUUAUUAAAUUCUGUUUUGGAAUAGUGAAGGCCAGAUGCCUCUUUUUAUACCCAACAAUUUCAUUAAGAUUUAAAGUCAUCUUCUUUGGCAAUUUCUUAACGAGUGAAUGCAUUAAGCCAGGAGGAGUUCGGGUGUCACCAUUAGCAAGUCUCGGUUCUUAUCUACAAUAUCACUAAUACUUUCUUCUUGUUUCUUUAUUUGAGGUAUUAUUUUGAAAAUGGAGAUCAUCGGAGACAUGAAGCAAAUCAUGAAGACUACAGGAUUAUUGCAAAGUGAAGAGUUGCACAACUACAUUUUAGAAACUAGUGUUUAUCCAAGAGAGGCUGAACUUUUAAAGGAGCUAAGGGAAGCCACUGAAAAUCAUCCCAAGUCUUAUAUGGCAGGAGCACCAAUGGCUGGACAAAUGCUUGAAUUCUUAUUGAAAGACAAAAAUGCCAAAAAGACAAUUGAAGUAGGAGUGUUUACUGGAUACUCACUCUUGCUAACUGCACUUACAAUCCCAAAUGAUGGCAAGAUUACCGCGAUUGAUAUUGAUAGGGAGGCCUAUGAAAUUGGUUUGCCAUUCAUCAAAAAAGCUGGCGUUGAAGGGAAGAUUAAUUUUAUUGAAUCAAAUGCUCUACUAGCUCUUGACAAUCUCCUACUCAAUGAAGAAAAUGAGAAUAGCUUUGACUUUGCAUUCGUGGAUGCGGACAAGACAAACUACAUGAAUUAUCACGAGAGAUUAAUGAAAUUAAUCAAGGUUGGUGGUGUGAUCGCAUAUGACAACACACUUUGGGGAGGAACAGUGGCCAUGUCUGAAAUAAAAGUACCUCACUCCAUGAAAAAGAAUCGCCAAGCUAUUAUCCAAUUUAAUUACUUCUUGGCUGCUCAUUCUCGCAUUCAUAUUGCUCAUCUUCCUCUUGGUGAUGGCAUUACCUUUUGUAGGCGUAUCUAUUGAUUUUUAUUUUUGCAUUUAAUUUUUUAAGACAAAAUAAAAUUAUAUAUUUAAGAUUAUGUUUGUUUCCUUAUUUUAAUAAGGAGUUUAUAUGCUUAUAAUUUAUAUUAGUUGGACUAUAUAAUGUAAAUUUCCGCUACUCUUGUCUUUUAAAUAAGUUACUUAAAUUUCAAUAUUUGUGGUUUCAAAUAA